UCCGUACUGCUACAUAGGACAUAAGUCUACUGUGGUAAAAGUGUUCUGUGAAGUGUGAAGUUAGGUAUUACAAGCAUGAAGCAAGUAGUGUUUAAUUUCUCUUUGAUUACAAGAUUCAGGGAAGAUCGAUUUUAGAGAAGUUCACUAGACUGAUUAGAUAGAUGAUUUGAUAUUUGAGAGUUUUAACUAUUAUGUGUAGAAGCUCAUAUAUUCUUAUUUAUUUAGAGUAAGACUAUACUAAAUAUAAAAUGGAUUUCGAAGAUGUAAUUGUGAAGGAAAGUCCGGGAGUUUGCCGGUGUUGUUUAUCUGAAGGAUGCUAUAAGGAUUUAGGUUCUGAAUAUUUAUGGAUGGAAGAAACUGAAGUAUACGCGGAUAUGUUGCUUGAAUGCUUUGAUAUUAGUAUAUCCCAACAUUCUGACGGUCCUAAUGGCAUGAGUCGUCUCAUAUGUGAGGUAUGUGUCACACGACUGCGUGAUGCAUGCAAUUUCAAGAAACAGGUUCUGCAAAGUGAGAAGAGGUUUAUUGAUAUGGUUGCAAGAGGAGAUUUUGAAAAUAAAGAUACUGCUUGCGAGGACAAUAUCAAAUUGGAUCAUAAUGAAGAACCUAUGGAUAGUGCGGAUGUUGAUUAUUUUGAUGAAGGGAUAGACUUUGAUGGUGGAAAUAAUGAAUCCGAAGAAAUAGCUGUUGAGCCAAUUAAGAUUAGAUCUAAACCAGGCAGGCCGAAAAGAAAUGCUAAAGUUGACAAGAAAAGCAAUGAGGCAACACCCAGCGCGUCCAAAACAGUUGCUAAAGAUACAACUGCAGAAGGCCCAUAUGAGAAUUUUGCAUCGGUUAGAAGAAGAAAAAACAUGGAAAUAUUAUUUAAUAACACAUCUAUCAUACCAUUUAAGUGGCGUAGCCGGUACAUGUGCUUCUACUGCAGCAAGGAGUAUUCGUUAUACCCUGAUUUUAGAAAGCAUACGAAAGGCCACGGCCUAUGCACAAAGAGUGAUCACAGCUUGAAGAUUAUAAAGGGGAGCAAUAUAGAAAUUAAAUUGGAUAUAUCGGAAAUUAAUUGUGAGUUGUGUGAUGAGCCUUUUCCAAAAUUUGAGAAUAUUAUCGAUCAUUUAAUUCAAAAGCAUGCUCUUAAUUACGAUAAAUCUAUUGAUAUACCUUUUCAGCAAUAUAAGUUGGCUGAUAUGAAAUGCCAAUAUUGCAGCCAAGAUUUUACGUAUUUCGGUUAUCUUAUAACGCACUUGAAUCUCGCUCAUCCGCAGGAUAAUUUCAUUUGUGACGACUGCGGGGCUACUUUUAAUAAAAAAAAAUCUUUGGUAAAUCACUUCAGAUGUUUUCAUCGAGAAGGCGGAUAUCCUUGCGACAGUUGUCAAAUUAUUUGCGAUUCUCAACUGUCUCUCAGAAAGCACAAAAAUGGACAUCAUUUUAGAAAAUGUUGCUUUUGUGGAUUGAGUUACGCAAGUAAUUCGCUUUUAAAGCGGCACCUUAGAAGCGAACACUGUAAAUUUGCCGAUCGCAUCUGUCCGUAUUGUUCCAAACGAUGUCUUUCCGCCCAAGGGGUUAAGCAGCAUAUAAUUAAAUGUAAGAGGAGGAAGCAACUCCCAAUAGAAAUUGAUUCAACUUUUGACAAUAACAUCGAGCCAAAGAAAAAACAGAAUCUUUCAUCAAUAAGGCAGAAUAUAAUCAACGUUCUAAAUAUGUCAACGGCAGUGCCUUUCAAGUUUUUCGGGAAAUUCACGUGCUUUUACUGUCCUUUGAAAUUUUUGGAAUUCGACGACCUUAAAGCUCAUACAGCGCAAGAGCAUCCAUCUUGUGAUUUGAAUUCCCAAGCAAUUAAAAAAUGUAAAGGUGAACGCACUGUUAUUAAGCUGGAUAUUGCUAAUUUAUCAUGUAAAGUCUGCAACCAAUCAGUCUCAGAGCUAGAUGAACUAAUAGAGCAUAUAAUUACAAGACACAAUGCUACGUACGAUAAGACAUUGAAGUGUUUUGAUCCUUUUACAAUAAGGAAGGAUAAUAUAUCGUGUACGUCUUGCGCAAAAGAAUUUAGAUACUUUGCACCGUUGUUGCGUCACGUGAAUUCUGAACACGGCAAAAACAAUCGGAUUUGUGAUAUUUGUGGCCGGAGUUUUAAGUCAGUUGCCCAUCUAAAGAUUCAUUUUUCAUAUGAGCAUACUGGAUCUUUCACUUGCGACGAUUGUGGUGUUAAUUAUAAAAAUCAAUGGUGUCUUGGGAGGCAUAAAGCAAAGUGCCACAAUGUGAAACAGUUUAAGUGCAGCAAAUGUUCGGAGAUGUUUCAGUCGCCAUACCAGAUGCAGAAACACCUCAUUGAGGUCCACAAUAUAGGGCACAAGUGUUCCGAUUGCGGGCGCAUGUUUACAAGGAAUUCGUUCAUGAAAGAUCACAUACGCAGAACGCAUUUGAAGGAGAAAAACGUGCCGUGCUCGAUUUGUAAUGAGAAGUUCUUCGAUAAUCAUCUGCUGAAGAUGCAUAUGGUCAAGCAUGAGGGAGAGAGGAAGUUUAGUUGCGAUGUUUGUGGCAAGACUUUCUUGAGGCGGAGUAAUUUGGCUUCGCAUAUGGCGAUGCAUAAAAAAUAUGGACACGUGCCCGCAACAUAUGUAAAAUAAUAAUUUUUACUUUUUAACAACGCUUUAACUAUAUUUAGAAUACUUAAUAUGAUUACUUGUACUCACAUCUAACACUACGAGGAAGUGAACCAAGAAUACUGGCAGCAUUUCCGCGUUGGAUAGCUAGGAUCCGUUGGCGGAAAUAGCUGCCAGCGCUUGGGUUUUCAGUAACUCAAUUAUGAUGCAUAUAUAGUACUUUGUACAAUCUCCGCGCCUCUGUGCCUCACGGGCCAAAUGUCUUGAUACCAAACGGGACGAAGGGGCAAGAGUCACUGAGACUGACAUGUUUGUGAUUUUUGCUGUCUGAGUCGUAUAUCCGAAGCAGCAUCCCCAGUACCAACUGAAUUAGUUUGUACACUAGAAGGAGCCUUUAUUUUAACGUGGAUUUACUGAAACAUGCUAUCAAAGGUUAUUGUAAUAUAAUCUGUUUUCAUUAUUUUGUGUCUGUAUUUAAUUCUAUAAAAGUAAUAACUGGUAGAGAUGGCGAAUAUUUCCAAAUAAGAUCGAUUUUUAAAUCGAUUCGAAUCGUAACCUGAUGAAUCGAUUCAUGAAAAAUCGAUGUUUUUACAAAUUUGUAAUAUUUUCAGUUCAGAGAAUUCGAUAAUAACAAUUAUUUUUAUUAAUAAUAAUAAUAAAGCUUUAUUUAUUCCGAUUUUUUUUUUACAUUUUGUUUUUGUAUAAAUAAGAUUUUUAAUUAAAACAGUUAAUUCUAAAGUAAACUAAGUUUGUAAAAUGAAUACUGCUUAUUGGUUUAAUUCGGACCCCUUUCGGGUAAAAGCCUCCUCCAUAUUUUUUCAUUGUUCUCUACCCUGUCCUGUUGUCAUUCAUUCCCUUUUCUCUCUUAUCUCUUUUAUGUCGUCGACUCACCGUCUCUUGGGUCUUCCGACUUGUCUUUUUCCUAUCGGCCCUUUCGAUUUUUUUAUCUUCAGUGUCCAUCUUUUGUCCUUUACUCUGCAGAUAUGUCCAGCCCACUGUCAUUUUUGCUUUAAAUCAUAUUCAAGAGCAUCUGAAAGCUUUUAAUUUUUUGUAUUUUCUUUAGCUUUAAGAUGCUUCGUUCCAUUGCUCUUUGUGUUGAUGUAAUUUUGUUUUUUAUUUUAUUUGUGUAAACCCAUGUUUGACUUCCGUAUGUUAGGCUUGGCAGAAGGCAUGUAUCCAUCACAAUCUUUUUUGUGCCAAGCUGUAAUUUCCUUUGAGAAUUUCUUUUUGUGCCCAAAAUUUUUUCCAAAUUAAGUUCACUCUUCGGUCUACCUCUUCUUCAUUGCUAUUUCUGCUGAAAGAGACUUGUUUACCUAGAUACACAUAUUCGUUGACGUAUUCUACUUGUUUUAUUGGUGUCCUGUGUAUAUUACUCAUAAAUUUAGUUUUGGACGAUUCAUAACCAGGCCGACGUUUUUGCUCUCUCUAUUCAAGGUUUGUAUCAUGCACUCCAAUCCGGCUGCUCUUUUCGCAAAAAGCAUGAUAUCAUCCGCAAACCUCAAGUGUGUCAAGUAUUGAUUCAUGAUCUCGGGACCUUUAUUUUUCCAAUAUUUAUUUCGAAAAACAUUUUCUAGCACGGCUAUGAACAGUUUAGGAGAUUAUUUUUUAUUACAAAAUAUCAGAUCAGGUAUUUAAACCUAAGCUAUAUAUUUUCUAAAUGUAUUUGUUACAUUAAAAAGGUAAGAAAAUAGAUAAUAUAGCUUAUAGUUCCCAAUAUCAAAGCUUUAUUAAAACAACAGUCUGUCAAGUCUACUGGGAUCCAAACGGUUCCGCUCAUCAUUUGCGAUGUUGCGGGCAAUUAAAAAAAGGAACAUAUUAUGAUCCCACGACACUCAUAUACAUCACGGCUAUUGAGUGAAUAUGGUGAUAGAGUUUUUUUUAUCUUGCCAGUAAAGUAUAGGAUCAUACUUUAGGUGCACAACUUUUUUUUGCUAUCGAGUCUGCGGCACACAAAAAGUCUGCAUUGUGCGCAAGAUGUCUUUGACAGAUAUUUCACAGACUCAACGCACACGACGUACACUUACGCUUUUUGUCGGCAGAACUGUAGGGAUGUACACGUAAUUUAAGUACUGAGAUUGCGGUGUAUUAUUUCGUACUUGAGAUAUAAAAAAGAAGAAGAAAUAGAGAAUUUUGGCUUCAUCCUAUUCUUUCAGAACGAUUAUUAAAGGGACUGUUUCAUAGUAAACAUUCAGUUCUAAAACUAUAUCCAAAUAAAUUUGUACACUUCAUCCCACAAUUUUCAUUUUAAAUUUCUGUCAUGAUACUCUGCCAAAGAUGUGUCAUACAGUGCUGGUCUGUUUUCUAUUUCUCGAAUCAACAUCGAUACAUCGAUGUCUAGCGCCAUGAUACACGUCAAUCACUAGCAAGUGCAGACGACGGACUAAAUUGAGCUUCGUCUGCGUUAGCGCGUGUUAACGCGAACGUUAUAUGUUUUUGGCGCACUUUUUGUACGGCACGGUCUGUCAGAUCUACGAGGAUGUUUAGUGUGUCAGACUUUUUGCGCGUCGUUUGCGGUACUGCAUAUAAUUCUAUAUGUUUUAUUAUCACAGACUAAAAAGUGCGUCACGGAUAGUCUGUCGUCUGCUAUAGGCCAUAAUGUUUAAAUUCUUCGUUUAAGGCCUGACUUUCCAGUGCAAGUGUAUUACAUGUAUAGAGUUGCUUUUUGACAAGCAACUUAUGAAAUUUUUUUUUUUUAUUACAGUCCCUUCUAAUGCGUCGAAUUCUUCACUAUUAUUUUGUGGAUGUUGUAGCUGUGAUUGCAUAUCAAAAAUUGAAGUAUUUAUUCUAUUUCUUGCUCGAGAACAGGCUACACAGUCGCAGCAGCUAACAGAUGAACUUGUUCAAUAUUUAAAAAUCUUUUCUUUAAACCGUCCAUAAUUAAAGACACAAAUCAUCAUCAUUAUUGUUAUCAUUGGUGCCUGGAAGAACCGGAGACCUCAUGGUGGUUAGCGAUCAUUUCUGCUACCAUCUUUCGUACCCUUUCUUUUAUUUUUGUGGCCUCGUUUUGAUCGUAAAGACCGUGUUAUAAGCUUCUGGCAACAGAUCUGAUGCUUCUAUAAGUUUCUGAGACGCUUCUUUCAAGCACCUUGUGACAAUAAUUUCAGAGGUCCCAGUUAUAUAUUUUAGUCCUCACAUUGAAGAGGUUAUUGUUUCAAAAGGUCGUAAAAUCUGACAGAGCUGUUUCUAUAAUCUUCUGGAAUGAUUGUCGGUAAACUUUGUUCAACAAAACCUAAAGUUGCUCGGAUCGCCUCUCCUAGUUGUACGAAACGUUGAGGCAUGAAAAAUAUUGAAUUCCAUUGGGUUUCAACCUUUUGUAUCAGAUGUUUCGGUUGCUGGCCUUGUUUUUUUUAUUUAAUAUUUUUGUAGUAUUUCUGAAGACACGGUGCUUUUCUUGACGUGCGCAACAAUCCGUUUCACUUUCUCCAAUUGCAGCUUUUUGAUUUUAGCGCUCUCUUAAUCACAAAAUUUAGGAUGUGCGCAUAGGAGCCAAAAUGUUUCCAUGUCAAAGUUUCUUUCACUGCUUUUGCAAUAGUUUUAACGUUAUCUGUUAUCAUCAAUAUUUUCUGAUGUGUGAUGCUAGCUCUUCCGUUAAAUAAUGCCGCGUUAGGGCUAUGUAGCUCUCCGUUUUUAAGGACUUCCACAUAUCUGCAGUCAAACAAAUGCUCUGAACAUCAAAACGCAGUUGAGCUCGUAUUGAAUCGAACAACUUUGUAUAGACCUCUUGCAUUACUGAGUUUGAAAGAGUCUUCCGUGUGGGCAGCUGAUAUUCCGGUAUCCACCGGCAGAAUUUCCUCCACAAUCGAAAAUGGAUGAAAACUGUCACAGCACAAAUCAAAUAAAUCUAGUUUUGUUUUUUUUGUUCCUCAUUUAUCUUUUAAAUUAUAAAAUUGUCAAUUACUUUUUGUCGUUUUGCCCUACGCUCUGAACUGGUGGUAGCCGUUGCACCUUCCACCAGCAUCGCAAGCUGGUGGAAGAACCAUCUAAAUCAGCUUGCGGCAAAGCAUUAUGUUGUUCAGGUGGAUAGUGUGUGUGCAUCAUUACAACAAAAUCAAACAGAAAAACGGACGAAAGCGGACAAACCUACCUACUCUUUGUUUAUGUUUAUGUCUGUAUUAUAGUCUAUGAAUUGAGGGUAGUCUAUUUAAAAUAUGUGAACCGUCGAUGCAUCGUCGACCGCGUGAUUGAACUGGUCCGUUCAUUCAACGCCCAUCGCUAGCCGUAACGCGUAACGUUACGAAGCGGUUUAACCUCCCAUAAGAACUUAGAAGGUAUCACUAGGUUGGAAAGAAUUAAGGAAUGGCAAGCUAGGCAAGUAAAAAUUUAAGUUACGUUAUUGGUGAAAUCCUCAAGACCGUAUUCGUAUUAGGCCCGGUACAUCGGUCUAUUAUUCUGCCAUUGACAGUGGUGUGCUGCGGCAUAAGCCCCCUCUAUAUAUCUAAUGUCGAUCUAUAAUGUGUUGUAAAUUACUUGCAUUUUUUUUAAUAUCAUCGGUAAAUGAUAUAACGAACGAAAAGGGUGUGUGUGCGUAAGGCGAGUGAAACAGAGGAGAGACUUUUCGCUGUCUUUCGUUCGCCGCGUUGUUCUUUGUAUUAUGUGUAUAGUUAUAGUAGAAAUAUUACUAACCCAGCCUUAUCGCUAAUAAUUAAAUAAAACACUGUUUUGAGGUAUUCCUUAUAUUAUAACAACAUUAAGUAGAUAUUCCAAUUUGUUGUGACCCCUGAUUUGUCGUUU